GUCACCCCCCCGUAGAACAACUCCUCCAACCGGACUUUCCUCUCCAGUCUACCGGGCGGAGGAGGAAGUUGAACCGCGCAGGAAAAACAACCGCAGAGUUUCUUUUUGAGAAACUUUGACAUUUUAUUUCCCACAUCCCUCUGUCCUUCAAUACCGGAAAAUAAAUAAAAGAUGUCCGUCCAUUCGAACCGGACGACCAAGACGAGCUACCGGACCGUGAGCGUGGCCUCCUCCCCGCAGCCCGUCCUGGCCAGCACGGUGCCCUCCAGCGGCUCGGUGUCCUCCAGCGGUUCGUUGUCCUCGAGCGGCUUGGUGUCCUCGAGCGGCUUGGUGUCCUCGGUGCAGCCCGCCGUGCAGCACACGGCGCUGAACGGCUCCUACGAGACGAUGCGGUACCUGGUGCCGGUGCAGCAGCAGCAGCUGCGGGCGCAGCAGCAGUCUUUCGUCCCGGUGCAGCAGCAGCAGCGCUCGUUCGUCUCGGUGCAGCCGCAGCAGCAGUCUUUCGUCCCCGUGCAGCAGCAGUCGUUCAUCCCGGUGCAGCAGCACCAGCAGCAGUCCUACUACAUCAUGCAGCAGCCCAUGGUGCAGCCCAUGGUGCAGCAGGUGGUGGCCCCGAUGUACGUGCAGACUCUCCCCCGGUUGAACAACAGCAGAAUGGAGUCCAGCGACGUGACGGUUCACCUGCAGAGCCCGGAGCGGAUCUCCAGCAGGAAGUCGUCCGUGUUCAGCCAGUCGUCCAGUCUCAUCGAGACCGGCGCGCCGAGCGCCGAGGAGGAGGAGUAUGAAGAAGAAGAGGAGGAGGAGGAGGAGGAGGAGGAGGAAGAGGAGGAAGAGGAGGAGGGGAUAGUGGUGGUGGAGGAGGUAGAGAUCGUCAACACCAUUCAGCAGAAGCCGCCGCUGAUGAGCCAGAAGACGUCCACGAUGGAGCUGAAGACCGAGCUGAGGGAGAUGCCGCAGCCCAACAAGAUGGACACGCGCUACUUCGGCGAGCUGCUGGCCGACGUGUACCGGAAGAACUGCGACAUCCACUCCUGCAUCUCCGAGCACGUCUCCAAGAUCCGGGGACAGAAACACCUGCUGGAUCCCUCCAACGACUACAAGGUGGAGAAAGAGGAGGUGGAGGCGUUGCUGCCCAAAGGAACCAGUGAACUGACCAAACAACAGAUCCGCUACCUGCUGCAGACUCGUCUCACGGCGGAUAAGAGCAUGCGCCUGCUGCUCUCCACCUUCAGCAGCCUGAGGGAGGAGCUCCUGCACAUGUCCGAGGACCUGCGGCGGCUGGAGAGCGAGAAGGAGACUCUGGAGAGAGAUCUGAGCUUCAAGGCAGACCAGGCCAAGCAGUACGACAGCCUCCUGGAGGCCGUGCGGGAAAACAACCGCCAGCUGCAGGCGUCGCUGAAGGAAGCCAGCAGCGCCCAGCGCUCGCUGGAGGGCCAGCUCAUGAGCGCCAGGAGCGACGAGUCGGGCCGAGACUUCCGGCUGCAGGAGAUGGAGAGCAGGAUGAGAGCGCUGGAGGGCGAGAACGAGACGCUGCGACACAAGCUGGCCGGCCAAGGCAGCAGCAGCAGCGCCAGCCUGCAGCUGAAGACGGAGGAGCUGUCCCGCCAUUACAAAGACCAGCUCAGCUCAAUGAGGGAGGAGAAGGACCGCGAGAUACUAAGGCUGCGGAGCCAGAUAACCAAGAUCCAGACGGAGAUCACCACCACCACCACCGACAGGUCGUCCUCGGACAGCAGCCUCCAGCUGAAGAUCUCCGAGCUGCUCGCCACGCUGCAGCAGAGGCAGACGACCAUCACCAAGAUGGAGGAGGAGAUCCAGAGGCUGAUGCGGGAGAGGAACGACAGCUCCAAGGGCCAAGUCACCAGAACCACCAUCACCAACAGGUACAGCAACAAGUACCCGCUCCUCGGUCUGCUCGGCGACGACUACGACUGCAGCUCCUCCGUCAGAGAAGGCAAGACCGUGGUCAUCGAGAGAAGCAACCAGGUGGUCAGGAACUGAACAGGAAUGAUGGAGCAAUAAGAAGACCCAGGAGUCCCCCCCCCCCCCCCCCUGCCCCUCAUCCUGGGGCUCCCCGGAUUGGUGGCGGGUAAAAUUUAAUAUAAUAUUGUAAGAUUGUAGGUUUUAGUUGGUUGCAAUUCUACACACUGGCCCUUUAAGUGAAGGUCAAAACAUCUCAGAUAACAAAGUGCCUUUUGUCCUAAAGCAAGCUGUUGUGUGGUUGCCGUAGAAACGAAAUGCAAUGUGAGAAACGAUGUGAUGCGAAAUGUGUUUUUUAAUAAAGGCUUUCUCUUCUUUAAAUGUAACCCCUGUGACUAACUACCACUGGCAAAAAGCAGGUUUGGUGUUAGGUGACAAAGCUCCAGUUGUCCCUUCUGCACGUCGAACUGCGUGCGGCACGAGAUCCUCCUUAAAGGGAUGAGAAGGUGUUUCUAUGAUGUAAAUAUGUAUAUUUAUAUAUUGAGCUACUGUAGGAUGGCCACGCCCUGCUCCGAGGAACCUCUGAGAUCUGUUUGGGUUUUGUUUUGUUGAUUACUUGAUCGGUUAUGGGGUUUAAUCAUGGUGGAAUUAAAAUGUCUACGCAUGUAGUUGUGUUAACUGUGUGUUGAGUUUAUGUGUGUUCAGGCUUUUUAGACUACAGACAUGGAUGUAGGUCCAGAAGGUGAGAUGCUCCAUAGCACACACCACACCUCUGACGUGCACAUUGGGAUUGUAGGUUGUGAUUAAAAUCACUGUUUCUAUGCAAAAAG